UCAGAGGAAGAAAAUUCAUCACAUAGUAAGGUUAGAUUGCCAAAGUUGGAGUUGCCGACGUUUGAUGGCGAUAUAAGAAAUUGGCAAACGUUUUGUGACGUUUUCGAAUCUUUAAUUCAUAACAACCCAACCCUAUCAAAUGUUGAUAAGUACAGCUAUUUGCUAUCUUGUCUAAAGGGAAAUGCGCUUUCAGUUGUGAAAUGUACCCCCUUCACUGGUAAUAAUUAUAUUCUCGCCUUUAACGCUCUCAAAAAAGUUAUGAAAAUAAGAGACUGAUAGCAACGGCUCAUUGGCACACUAUUACCAAAUCUAAACCUGUUAAUGUUAGUGAAAAUCCUCGCGCACUACGAAAUUUAAUUGACACUUUUUCUGAAAAUUUGAAGGCUUUGGAAAAUCUCAAGUUUCCCGUCAAGGAGUGGGAUUUUGUAAUGUUUAAUAUGCUCAUUGAACGUAUAGAUUCCACGACGCAAACAAAAUUUGACUUAGAAUGUGGUUUGAACAUAAUUGUUCAUAAUUAUUACCAAACCUUGUUUACCUUUUUGGAAAAUCAGUGUAACGCUUUGAAUAAUGUCGCCUUGUGUAGUUCACAUCCUAACAAGUCAUUUACUCAUAUCCCUAAGGCUCCUAAAACAGGAACUAGCUCCAGUUUUCUUGUGAAUUCCUCACUUUCACUGAGUUGUAAUCUAUGCUCAAAACCUCAUCGUAUAUACAAUACGUGUCCCGAUUUUCUUGCACUUUCGGCUAGGGAAAGAUAUGCCCUAGUUCGAGAUAAAAAGUGGUGUAUGAAUUGUUUGGGUUCUAAGCACUUAGCUUCGAAUUGUAACUCGAAAUCGGUUUGUAAAAGGUGUUCUCGAUCACAUCACUCUUUGCUUCAUUUUGAUGACUCCAAUCCAUCUAAGAGCGUUGCUAAUAAAAUUCACCCAACUAAGACAGAAUCGAAUCAUUCUGAAAAUACGAUUAGUUCACCCAUUAUUGAUGCCUCUACAAAUUUAUUAGCAAAUUCUAAAGGUACUGUUCUCUUGUCAACAGCAAUUGUUGAUAUUUUGGAAUUUUCUGGUGAAUGUAGGCCCGUACGAGUUUUGCUCGACAGCGCUAGCCAGUCUUCGUUUAUCACCCAGAAAUGUUGUGAUAGAUUGGGACUGCCUGCAUUUUCCCUCUCUAUAAAUAUAAAGGGCGUGGGUCAAACAAGUGCCUCAGCAGAUCAGGGUGUUUCGUGUACUUUGAAACCUCAUGGUUUGGACACAUCCAUAUUAAAUGUUGAUUUAAUUGUUAUUCCUCAAAUUUGCUCGAACAUGCCAUGCUCAACAAUUCCCAUAGAGAAAUUCACAAAAUUUUGUAACCUCAAAUUAGCUGAUCCUGAAUUUAAUGUGUCGGGUCCAGUAGAUUUGUUGUUAGGUGCAGAUACUUUCGCUCAUAUGAACCAGUUGCUCUCGAUACCAUUUUUGGGUUCGUCGUAAUGGGCAAAGUUGAUUUUCCUCUUCCAACGGUCAACUCAUUCGUCAGUUAUACAGAUAAUUCUCUUGAAGAUUUCGUUAGGAAAUUUUGGGAACUCGAACAGAUUCCACCGCGCAUCGUCUCCUCUCCCGAAGAUUUGUUAGCAGAAAAAAUGUUUUGUGAUACUCAUACUCGCAGUCCCUCCGGUCGAUUCAUUGUGUCCCUGCCUUUCCACAACCUCGACCUCGACAUAGCUCUUCGGCGUUGUUUAUCUUUGGAAAAACGCCUUCUUCUGAAUCCAACCCUUCAUCAGCAGUACCGGGAAUUUAUGCAGGAUUAUGUGGAUCAAAAUCCUGUGGGACCCCCCCACUCCUUCGACGUAUUUUAUACCUCAUCAUUGUGUGUUGAAACCUGAAAGCGUUACUACCAAAUUAUGUGUUGUAUUUGACGCAUCUCAGAAGGCGGCAAAUGGUUUUUGUCUCAAUGACACUCUGCUUCUAGGUCCUAAGCUUCAUCAGGAUGUCUCUUGUGUACUCUCCCGUUUUCGCCUCCAUUCUGUUUGCUUCACUGCCGACAUUCGUCAAAUGUUCAGGCAAGUACUCGUGGCCCGUGAGCAUCAAGAUUUUCAACGCAUAUUAUGGCCCUUUCCUUCUGAGCCCAUAAAAGAAUUUCGCUUGAGAACUUUGGUGUUUGGUAUCAGGAGUAGUCCCUUCCUGGCCAUGCGUUGUAUCCGACAAUUGGACAAAGAGCACAGUUACGAAUUCCCUGAGGCCUGCGCUGUCCUCCAAGAUGAUAUUUUCGUGGAUGACAUAGUAUCAGGUAGUGAUUCGUUUUCAGGUGCUAUUCAGCUGCAGACGCAGCUCACUGAGGUUUUAAGCAGAGCAGGCUUGGAACUUCAAAGAUGUUUAACCAUUUAGACAAUUGGUAUGUUGGAGCGUUGUAAUUCGACACGACUGGUCUAAUAGGUAUUUCAUCUAAAAUUGUGCUCUUAUGUAU